AUGGCGGACCCUGGUUGUUUGGCGGAAGCCGAGGCUGCUGGAACGUGUCCUGCACUUGUUCUCGGCCUAAAUCCGACUCUGGGCUGGAGGGAGCGACUGCGGGCCAGAUUGGCGGGGACUGGGGCCUCGUUGUGGUUCGUGGCGGGACUGGGACUGCUUUACGCUCUGAGGAUCCCUUUGAGGCUGUGUGAGAAUUUGGCAGCGGUGACUGUAUUUUUAAAUUCACUGACACCCAAAUUCUAUGUGGCACUUACAGGGACAUCUUCAUUGAUAUCAGGAUUAAUAUUUAUAUUUGAAUGGUGGUACUUCCAUAAACAUGGCACAUCUUUUAUUGAGCAAGUAUCUGUAAGCCAUUUGCGACCACUGAUGGGAGGAACAGAGCACAGCAUUUCAGAACCAGGUUCUCCUUCCAGGAACAGAGAAAAUGAAACCAGCAGACAGAAUUUGUCAGAAUGUAAGGUGUGGAGAAACCCUCUAAAUCUUUUCAGAGGAGCAGAAUAUAGGAGAUACACUUGGGUGACUGGUAAAGAGCCACUUACAUACUAUGACAUGAACUUGUCAGCUCAGGACCAUCAGACCUUUUUCACCUGUGACACAGAUUUUUUACGUCCUUCAGACACAGUUAUGCAGAAGGCAUGGAGGGAAAGAAAUCCUCCAGCUCGAAUCAAAGCAGCCUAUCAAGCCUUAGAAUUAAACAAUAACUGUGCCACUGCAUACGUUCUACUGGCUGAGGAAGAAGCAACAACUAUUGUAGAUGCUGAAAGGUUAUUUAAACAGGCACUCAAGGCAGGAGAAACAAUUUAUAGGCAGUCACAGCAAUGCCAGCACCAAAGUCCUCAGCAUGAAGCUCAACUGAGGAGAGAUACCAAUGUACUGGUAUAUAUUAAAAGAAGAUUGGCAAUGUGUGCAAGAAAAUUAGGAAGAAUAAGAGAAGCAGUAAAAGUAAUGCGAGAUUUGAUGAAAGAAUUUCCUCCUCUUACCGUGUUGAACAUCCAUGAAAAUCUCUUAGAAUCACUUUUAGAAUUACAGGCCUAUGCGGAUGUUCAGGCAGUCCUAGCAAAAUAUGAUGAUAUAAGCCUUCCAAAGUCAGCAGCAAUCUGUUACACAGCAGCACUGCUGAAGACAAGGACAGUUUCAGAUAAAUUCUCUCCAGAAACAGCCUCCAAAAGAGGGUUAAGCACAGCAGAAAUUAAUGCCGUGGAAGCAAUUCAUAGAGCUGUGGAAUUUAAUCCUCAUGUUCCAAAAUAUUUAUUAGAGAUGAAAAGUUUAAUUUUACCUCCAGAACACAUUCUGAAACGGGGUGAUAGUGAAGCAAUUGCUUAUGCUUUCUCUCAUCUUCAGCACUGGAAGCGAAUAGAAGGUGCUCUUAAUCUGUUACAGUGUACAUGGGAAGGCACUUUUAGAAUGAUUCCACACCCAUUAGAGAAAGGACAUCUAUUUUACCCUUAUCCUAGCUGCACAGAGACGGCUGAUAGAGAGCUAUUACCUCCUUUUCAUCAUGUUUCUGUUUACCCAAAGAAGGAGCUUCCUUUGUUCAUCCAUUUCACAGCGGGAUUUUGCUCUUCUACAGCGGUGAUAGCCGUUCUCACACACCAGCUUCCUGAAAUCAUGGGCAUUUUGUUAAAGCUGUAAUAAGAGUUAAAACCCAAAAAGAAAAUGCUGAUUAAUAUAUUCCCCAAAAUAAAAACACUGAGAACCAUGGACAAACUAGUCCUUACUUGGUAAUGUAUUUUCUGUAAUUUUCUCUAUAUGCCUCCAUUCUAACUUGUUUCCUCAGAGUUUCUUUUUCGGCCUUAAGAAUAGUUUAUUUUGUGCCUUUUUUCUGGCACCAGUGGUAAGAGCAGUGGUUUCCCUUUUUCCCUGAAGGUCAACCAUAUAAUGUGUUAAGUUGCCACUGGCUGUAGGCCUAGGAGUCUGAGUCUGCACUUGAUUCUGGGUCAAACUUCAAGAAGAAUGACUUCCCACUGUUGUUCAGGGAGGAUAGUUAUUUGGUUUGGAAACUGACUAUUCUAUUUCUUUUUGGUGUAAAAUGAACACUUAGUGAUCAUACUCAUAACUGUUAUUUGCAAUAGUGCUAAUAGUUGAGUGAGUGCAUCUCAAACUGAAAUGACCUUGCUAUGUAAUCUGGCAUGGAAUAAAAAUGGACUAGAAAGAGAAUUCCAUCCAUUUAAUAGCGGGAAAGAAAAAGUGCAACUGUGUAUGUGAGAUCACAGGCAAGCAAUGGGAGAGAUGAUUCUUGGAUUUGUCUGCGGCAAGAGGAAUGGGAAGAGAGUGAAAGAGAGCAAGGAGGGAGAUCUAGAAUCUGGAAUAGAUAUAUAGCAACUGUUAAUAGUGUAUUUCCAUGGGGUACUAGCCACAAUUAAUGUUUAUAGUUUCUGCCUUUAGCUAGGCUGUCACUAAUGGCACCAGCAGAACCUUUUUAUUUUUAAAUUUUAAAUUUUUUUAAUACUUUAAGUUCUAGGGUACAUGUGCAGAUCGUGUAGGUUUGUUACGUAGGUGUACAUGUGCCAUGGUGGUGGUUUGCUGCAUCCAUCGCCCCGUCAUCUACAUUAGGUAUUUCUCCUAAUGCUAUCCCUCCCCAAUCCCCCCACCCCCUGCUAUUCCUCCCCUAGCCCCCACCCCCCAGGCCCUGCUGUGUGAUGUUCCCUUCCCUGUGUCCAUGUGUUCUCAUUGUUCAACACCCACUUAUGAGUGAGAACAUGCAGUGUUUGGUUUUAUGUUCUUGUGUCAGUUUGCCGAGAAUGAUGGUUUCCAGUUUCAUCCAUGUCUUUGCCAAGGACUUGAAGUCAUCCUUCUUUACGUCUGCAUAGUACUCCAUGGUGUAUAUGUGCCACAUUUUCUUUAUCCAGUCUAUCAUUGAUGGGCAUUUGGGUUGAUUCCAAAUCUUUGCUAUUGUGAACAGUGCUGCAAUAAACAUAUGUGGCACUAGAAGAACCUUUAUGAUUACAUAGCCUAAGUUCCUUAGCACUCCUCUAGCAGAGACUGAGGAUGAAUAAUUACAUAUUUUAAAGUGGAAGCUUCUUUUUCAGGCCAACAGUUAUUGAUAUACUUUGGAUUUCCAAGGGCAGGUUCCAUGUAAGAGUUAAUGGGAAAUGACUGUGAUAUGGGCAGUUUCCAGCUUUUUUUUUUUUUUUUUUGAGAUAUAGUCUUAACUCUGUCACCCAGGCUAGAGUGCAGUGGCGUCAUCUUGGCUCACUGCAACCUCUGCCUCCUGGGUUCAAGUGAUUCUCCUGCCUCAGCCUCCUGAGUAGCUAGGACUACAGGCACACACCAUAACGCCUGCCUAAUUUUUGUAUUUAUAGUAGAGAUGGGGUUUUGCCAUGUUAGGCUGAUCUCAAACUCCUGACCCCAGGUGAUAACUCACCUUGGCCUCCCAAAGUGCUGGGAUUACAGGGGUGAGCCACUGUGCCCUGCCAGUUUCCAGCUUCUAAACACAAUGUGUAAAUGCCUUUAUAGACAGAUAAACAGCAAGGAAACUAGAGGCUUAAAAUACAUUUCUUCACUACUUAUAGAGUGUGCUCUAUGCAGAUGCUUUAGGAGCAUUACCAUCAGGCAGGAGCUCAUUAAAAAUGCAUAACCUCAGGCACCACUGCAGACCUUCUGAAUCAGAAUCUGCAUUUUAAUAAGAUCCCCAGGUGAUCUUACACACACACACACACACACACACACACAUUUAAAGCUUCAGGAAACUUGCUGUACUCUAGCCCCAACAUGAAGCAUUUAGAACAGCAAGAUAGUGCGGCCUUGUCAAGGAGGAGGCAGCAUUGUUGAGUGGUUAUGAAAUAGACUCUGGGAGGCAGGCUGCUUUGCUUUAAAUUCUAGCCUUGAAAUAUUGCUGUACAAUCUCAGGUAAGUGACGUAAUUUCUCUAUCCUUAGUUGGAAAAUGAGAAUAAUACUACCUCUGAUGGGUUUUGGUGAGGGUUAAAUGAGUUUGAAAUACUGAAGUGUUAGGACUGCAGUAAAAAGUAGGUGAGUGUUAGCUGUCGUUGCUGCCUUCAUUGUCAGCAUCAACACGAAAAUACAGCAGUAAUGGGAAACCCUACCCCCAUCUUGUUUAAAGGAGAUAUGUCCUAACAGGAAGCUCAAAAUGCAUUUUUUCCACAGACACUACAGUAUAAAUGGUGGUUGGGAUCAUUUUGAAAACACUAUUAGUAGGCCAGGUGCGAUGGCUCUCAUGCCUGUAAUCCCAGCAAUUUGGGAGGCUGAGGCAGGUGGAUCACUUGAGCUCAGGAGUUCAUGACCAGCCUAGGGAACAUGGUAAAACCCCAUCUCUACCAAAUAUACAAAAAAAUUAGCCAGGUGUGGUGAUAUAUACCUGUGGUCCCAGCUACUCAGGAGGCUGGAAUGGGAGGAUUGCUUGAGCCUGGGAGGUGGAGGUUGCAGUGAGCCAAGAUCUCACUAUUGCACUCCAGCCUGGGCAACAGAGCAAGAUCCUGUCUCAAAAAUAUAUGUGUGUGUGUGUGUGUGUGUGUGUGUGUAUUAGUACUCUGCCUCUGGUACAUUAUGUGUAUGUGAAAUAUAGAAAGUGGAGAAAUGUGGUGGCUCAUGCCUGUAAUCCUAGCACUUUGGGAGGCCGAGGCAGGCAGAUCACUUGAGGUCAGGAGUUUGAGACCAGCCUGGCCAACAUGGUGAAACCCCAUCUCUAUUAAAAAUACAAGAAUCAGCGGGGCAUAGUGGCAGGUGCCUGUAAUUGCAGCUACUGAGGAAGCUGAGGCAGGGGAAUCACUUGAACCCAGGAGGUGGAGGUUUCAGUGAGCUCCACAUGGCACCAAUGCACUCCACCCUGGGUGACAGUGAGACUCUGUCUCAAAAAAAAAAAAAAGAAAAGAGAGUGGAGCAAUGUUUCACGUUCUAGGUAUUGAUUAAACUACCUUGCAGAACAGAGCCUGUUGGUAAGUUGCAAACUGUCUGUGUUAGGAUUUCCAGUUAACUCAGAUAUUUCAUAGCCAAAUAAAGUAGAAAUUGGUGAAGAAUCUUGUAGACAUACUUGUUCUAUUUCAGAAGACAGACUUUUAAAAAAUUUCCUAAACGUCUUUGUUAUCAUUAUCUUUUUCUCAUCUGAUAUCUUUUUGUAAGAGCUCACAUGCCAGAGCAAAUUGAAUUUGAAUUUCUUAAAAUGUAUUUGUUACAAAAAUUGCAUUUUUGUGAGGCCAGGCACUGGGGACAUUUUAAAUAACUCUCACUGUACAUCAGAUUUAGAGAAAUGAAAGGAAAUGGACUAGACUGGCUAAUGGUUUUAGUGCCUCUUCUUUUGCAUGGUAUCAGACUAUGUGGACUAGACUUCAUUUUAGCAAGUUAAGAUUUUUUUCUCCUGGCUGAGAUGAAAACCUAGUCUGACAUUAGACAUAGAGCAAUGAAAAAGUGUUGCAUAAAUCCCUGGAGAUGUGGAAUGUGCUUAUAUCAGAGCUGAUAUUCUCUAAGGCCAGAAUUCCUGAAAAAGGAAAAAUUGCUUUUAAGUGGUAGGUCAUUUUCUCACCUGCUUUGAAGCCUGCUGGAUUAAAUAUGAGAGUUCAAAGUAAGGGUAGCCAGCAAACCAACUGAACUGGAAUCUGAUUCUGCUUAUCUGAAAGGAGCUUCUUUAUUUAAGAACAACACUGCCCUCUCUUUAGAGAACCAAUCUUCUGCUCUGGCCCCUUUCAUUUCUCUUUUGCAAGAAAAGUGUUCUUAGCAAGGCUUGGGAGGGUGUUAUCACAACAGUAAAAAGACUUAAAGAUGAUCUUGGGGGUUUCACUAACUUAUUGAUAAACUCAGGCUUGUGGUAUGUGACUUUAGUGUUUUGAAUUCAGAAGUGUGUUUAAAUAUAAAAGUCUCUAGUUGGGGCUGGGUGCAGUGGUUCACGGUUGUAAUCUCAGCACUUUGGGAGGCCAAGGCCGGCAGAUCACUUGAGUUCAGGAGUUUGAGACUAGCCUGGCCAACAUGGUGAAACCCCGUCUCUACUAAAAAUACCAAAAAAUUAGCCAGGUUUGGUGGUGCUUGCCUAUAAUCCCAGCUACUUUAGAGGCUAAGGCAAGAGAAUGGCUUGAACCCGGGAAGCAGAGGUUGCAGUGAGCCGAGAUCGUCCCACUGCACUCCAGCCUGAAUGACAGAACAAGAUUCCAUCUCAAAAAAAAAAAAAAAAAAAAGUUCCUACUUGGGUUUUAACUAAACAGGGUAGUCUUUGCAAUUCUG